GCCGGACCAAACACCCGGCAGGCGGACCUCUCUCCUCGCUUCAUCUGUGGCUCCAUCCGGACAGAGAUUUCACGCGGAAUAAGAAAAAAAAAAACAAUAAUAAUUUUUAAAAAAAGAACGAAAAGUACAGAUGCUGGAAUCUUUGAGUUGAUUGGAACAAAUAGCAAGCAGAAAAAAGACAGAUAAAGGAAGAGCGGAAGAGUGAAGAGCAAGAGGAAAGAGAAGAAGAAAGAGGAGAGAGAAGAAAGCUUGAAGUUCUUGAGAAAGAGGAGAGAAAGAAAGAGACGGGGACGAUGGGGAGGAAAAAGAUUCAGAUCACGCGGAUUAUGGAUGAACGCAACAGACAGGUGACGUUUACAAAGCGAAAGUUUGGCCUGAUGAAGAAGGCGUACGAGCUGAGCGUGCUGUGUGACUGUGAGAUUGCACUGAUCAUCUUCAACAGCACUAACAAGCUGUUCCAGUAUGCCAGCACAGACAUGGACAAGGUUCUGCUGAAAUACACUGAGUACAACGAGCCCCACGAGAGCAGGACCAACUCUGACAUUGUGGAGACAUUGAGAAAGAAGGGCCUAAACGGCUGUGACAGCCCAGACCCCGACGCAGAUGACUCGGCAUUGAACAAGAAGGAGAACAAGGGUGGCGAGAGCCCGGAGCUCGAGUCCGCUCUCAUCCUCACCCCACGCACUGAGGAGAAAUACAAACAGAUUAACGAGGAGUUUGAUCACAUGAUUAAAACACAUAAGAUACCUCAGGCUGUGCCCCCAUCCAACUACGACAUGCCCGUGUCCAUUCCCGUUAGCAACCAGAACAAUCUCAUUUACAGCCAUCCCGGCGGGUCCCUAGGCAACCACAAUCUGCUGCCCCUGGCGCACCACGGCCUACAGAGAAACAGCAUGUCUCCUGGAGUUACUCACAGACCCCCCAGUGCAGGUAACACAGGUGGCCUCAUGGGAGCUGACCUCACCACUGGCGCAGGCACCAGUGCUGGAAAUGGAUAUGGAAACCACCGUAACUCGCCUGGUCUGCUGGUCUCUCCAGGUGGAAUGAACAAGAACAUGCAGGCUAAAUCACCCCCACCCAUGAACUUAGGCAUGAACAACCGCAAACCCGACCUCCGCGUGCUCAUACCUCCUGGGGCCAAGAACAACAUGCCAUCCAUUAACCAGAGAAUAAACAACUCCCAGUCUGCUCAGUCAUUGGCCACCCCUGUGGUAUCAGUAGCAACUCCCACUUUACCAGGACAAGGCAUGGGCGGCUACCCAUCUGCCAUCUCCACUUCUUAUGGUACCGAGUAUUCCCUGAACAGCGCAGACCUGUCCUCCCUGUCUGGCUUCAACAGCGGCAGCUCCCUACAUCUUGGCUCGAUGAGUGGGUGGCAGCAGCAGCACCUGCAGAACAUGCAGCAUUCGGCCCUGGGACAGCUCGGAAAUUGCUCUAGCUCUCACUUAUGUCAGGGUUCAAAUCUCUCCCUGCCCUCUGCUCAAAGCCUGCACAUCAAGUCCGAACCUGUUUCUCCUCCUAGAGAUCGCACCAGCAGCACACCGGGGGGCUACGGUGGCGGGGUGCCGCCUCCCCAGAAUCCCUCGUCCCGCCAGGACUCGGGACGCUCCCCCGUUGAUAGCCUGAGCAGUUGUAGCAGCUCCCAUGAGGGCAGCGAUCGGGAUGAGCACAGAAAUGAGUUCCACUCGCCUCUGGGACUGGCCCGGCCCGCCCUGGAUGAGCGCGAGAGCCCCUCCAUCAAGCGGGUGCGCCUGUCAGAGGGAUGGGCGACAUGAUGGCGCUGCCCUCCCCUCGGCAGUCUCCCAAGUCGCCCCGAGCCCCCGACGAUGCAGCAUUUCGAUGCCCCCUAAAGUCAGCCCCCCCCCCCGCCCCCCCACCUCCCCCUCCCUCUCCUCACUCGGUAUCACGAGUCAGUCACCACCCAGCUCCACGGCCUCCCUACUUUGAUCUCCUUACCAUCGAAGGAAAGAAAAGGGAUACCCUUUUCGCAAAUCUGUUUGUAAUUUCUUUUCCUUUUUUUUAAUUUUCUUAUUUUAUUUUGCUGAGUGUGUGUGUGUGUGUGUGUGCGUGUGUGUGUGUGCGUGCUAUACAUAUUGACAUUAUCUAAACCAGUUGGGUGUUGUAUUAGGGGUUUCGGGUGGGUGGGUGUUGGUUAGGAUGGGAUCUGGGGCAAUUUUUGUUGGGGAACUAUGCAUAAAUUGUAUUGUGUGUGGAUAAAAAGAAUCACGUAUGCAUAUAUCUUUACACGUGUGUAUGUGUACAUAUAUGCAUAUCAACAAAAAAAAAAAAUAGUCAGGUACUCUCUUUCAUGAAAUGUACUUACAAUUUGCCUCAGUGAUGAUAUAUCAGUGACUAGACACAAGGAAAAGAAAAGAAAAAAAAACACACAAAAAAAACAACAGGAUAGGAGUGUGUGUGUGUCCAGUGGAAAAACACCGAAGCACUUGAGUUGGACAGACAAUAACACGUGUACAGUAUCGGUUUCAUUGCUAUAUACCUUCUCUGCAGUUCUCCCUUGCAAAAAUGUGUGUUAACAUUAGAUGAUGUCAUGUUGCAGGUUCAACGUAUUUAUGUAAAUAGAUGGGCAAAACGGUGAGGGGGGGGGCGAGGCGGGGGGGGGGGGGGGGGGGGGGGAAGGGUGGGGCGGGAGGGGGUCGAAGGUUGCCAGACAUUACAAGAUUUAUUUACUCACUAAAUGAAAAGCUAUUAUGCAACAUUUGAAGGAUUGUACAGGUAAACAGGCGAACCCAAUGCUAGAUGUGUGGACCCGUGGAUGAUUUUAGCGCUCCCCCUUAAAAGACCGGAGCCAGGACCACCCUUCGAUCUAAGAGCUACGUUGGCGUAAUCAAGAAAACUCUGGAUCUAGUAUUAACUCUUCAGUAUUGAUAAACAAAAAAAAAAAAAAACAAAAAAAAAAACCAACAAAAAAAAGAAAAAAACAAUUGUACGAUACACUUGCUUCUAUUUUCAUAUGAAAGGAAUACAAUGCAAAGCAUUUUUGUGGCUUUUUGUAGUUUCUAUAAGCCAGAAUGUGUUUUUUGAUAGCUUUGCUAAUAAGAGGUGGAUAGUUCACCCUGAGGGGAAAUGACAGGACUUCAGAGUCCUAAGCCAUGAAAAACAGACUGAGAUUCAAUGCUUUGCUGAACUGUUUUAUCUUUGUAGAGGUUUGUUUUUAAACGUGUAUUUCUAAUUAUAUAUAAUAAUGGUAAUAUUAAGAAUCUUUAAAAAAAAAAAAUCUGUGAAAUUAACAUGCUUGUGUAUAGCUUUCUAAUAUAUAAAUAUAUAUAAUAAUGAUUUUUGUUGGUUUCUUAGUGGAGUUUCUAUGUGCAGUUGCACAUGUUGUCUGGUUUGUUUUAAUUUGAACUCUGAACAGUGCUGUUCAGGGAUGUAUUUAGACUAACCUUAAAAAACCAGCUGGAAAGCAUUGCCAGGGUUUGUGUGACAGAGAAAAGACAGGCCUGAAUGCUGAAAAGGAAGGAAAGACAAAAAAAAGAAAGAAAGAAAACGUCCUGCUAUAGUGGAAAAUGUCACAAGACUGGAAGCGGGGAAGACACACAAACAAAUGCUGAUGCAUGAUGCGCACGCUUGUCACACUGAUGAGGAAAUAUGGCCGACCCUCAGUCACCGGAUGCAUUUUUAUGCAUCAGAUAUUCCAUUAUGGAUUCAAAUUAUUUAAUUUAUUGCAGUUAAUCUCAUAAAAACACAUUUGUGACAUUAUCAGUUUUCUGCUAAGGCGAGAAUGUUGCAGAUUCAAUCUGUACAUUUUGCUUUUUGAAUAAUGUUAAUGUAAUGCAGUUUUUUUUUUUUUGCCAGUGCAUCGUGAUUAAUUACCCCCGUCAUUUGCGAACCUAAUUUAAUCUGGCGUCGUCCGGCCACUCCUCCUCUUCCAGUCUUGAGGACAGGGUUCCACGUCAUUUACCAUAUCACCGACAGACCGUUCAGCUCAAGAUACAAAUGGAUAACCUGAUCAUGCUGGUAUGGGAGAAGCACAAUUGUUUAUUUUAGAUGAAUAGCUGUUUUUUGAGUUUCUCUUUUUAAAAACAAUGAAACUAGCCACAUAUCUCUCUGCCACUCCCACUCCUGUAUCUGCUGUCACUUAAGUGUUAUAUUUCUAUGUGCAUAUUUCAUGCAGGUUCACUAUGUUGUUACUGUAUACAGUCUGUGUAGUCAAACGGGGCAGAGCCUCUAUAACAAUGUUCUUCUCUCUUUUUUUAAACUUCAAUACAAAAAGGCUGAGAAAAUAAAAAAAAUAAACAUGAUGUUUCAGGCAGCAUAAGUGUGGAGAAACCAAAGCCAGUGGCAUUUUUUUUGUGUUGUAAACUCGACUUUUAUUUGACAUUCAUUUAUGGUUUUUGCAAGCAUUGAAACAAAAAUAAUAAAAGGAUUUGCUCAAAUGUACAAUUGUUUUCACAUUUCAAUUGUAGUCACAAUGUAACCUUUGCAAUCAAGUCUCAUUGUUCAAAGAAAAGAAAAAGGAAACCCCAGCGACAACAUAGGAAUCGACCUGUUUUGUUGCCUGUUUGUCUCCAUUGGAAAUGUUCUGUGCAAAGACGUAUUUUGUGAAUGCGAUUUGUUCACUCAACAGAAUCAUUCAGGCCUAAGUGUGUGUAAUGCGAAGCCACCAGACACGCCAGACACCAUGCUACGUUACACCCUGAAUGAAACAAUGCCAACAUGUCCAGACGAGGAAAUUCGCCCUAUAGUUUUGACGAGACUUUUUACCAAAGACAUGAAGAAAAACUUGUCUUUAUAUCUUUGUGUUCUCUUUCUUCUUCUUCUUUUUCUUUAUUUUUUUUUUUUUUGUGUUUGUUGAAUUUGAAGCCAUUCUUUCUGAGCAUCUGUUGAUCAGUUGUGUUUUUGUCAAUACUAUACUAGCCGUAAAUGUUGGUACCUCAGAAUUUGACCCAAGCAGUACCUCAGCUGAUCUUUUGAUAAGUCACCUGCAGUGCAAAGGGGAGACACCUGUACAGCCAUGUGUAAUAACAUACAAUUGCUUAACAUCCCGACAUUCACAAUGGGAUUCUUUGUUGCUCCACUGUGUUUGUGGUUUAUUUAAGUUGUACUCAAAAAAGCUGAAAAA